AUGACGACGACGCUGCUCCCGCAGCCCGGGACCGCGACGUUCCCCGGUCUUCGCAAGACGUCGCCGGAGCAGUUCCCGCCGCGGCUGUGGCCCGCGCGGACGACGGCGACGAACGCGUCGUUCGCGCUCGCGCCGCGAGACGCGCCCGCGUCGCCCGCCUCGGGGAGGAAUAAGAUCGACGAAGCGAUGGACGUCGACGUCGACGACGCGACGUUCGACUUCGACCUGCUCUUCGACACGGGGUCGGGGUCGCGCGCGCCGACGCCGCCGCCGACGCCGCCGACGCUCGCGCGACAGCUCCCGAGGUUAACCCUGGCGGAGAGCGCGGAAGACGCGCGCGUGAGGUGCGCGCGCGAGCCUUCCGAGAUCGUCUUCCGCCCGCGUCCCUUCGGCUUCGAAAAAACGCACAUUAUUCUAAACCCUUCGCUUCGUCGUCUUCUCAUCAUCCUCGCCCUCCCCUCCUCCUCCUCCGUCCGCAGACUCGCGCGCGAGCUGACGCGCCCCAAGAACGACCUCGCGCGCGCGAUACGCGACAGGUUCGACGCCGCGUGCCUCGAGGUCGGCCCGGGAGAGAUGGGCGACGACGCGCACGUGGAACGCCUGCGCGUCGCGUUCGAAGCCAUCUCCGCCGCCGCCGACGACGAUGAUGAUUUUCAUUCGCGGCGGCCCACCACCGCGUCUUCGCACGUCGCGGAAGGGUACGUCAGCGACGGCUCCGAAUGCAGCGGCAGAGGCGGUGGCAGCGUCUCGGGGUCAACGUCGAGGGCGAACGUCGCGGUCGCGCCGGGGAGCACCGGCCGCGCGGCGCUCCUGAAUCUGAGGCACGCGUUUCUUUGGAUCGACGUCGGCGGCGGCGGCGCGGCGGCGACGACGGCGGCGGCGGCGCGCGCGGAUCCCUCCUCCUCCGACGCGUCUCCCGCGCCUCCCGCGCCUCCCGCGCGCGACGACGAGACGACGCUCAUCCUCGAGCCGGACAUCCGCGCGCACUUCGUCGUCUCGCGCCCGACGGAGGCGUACUCGCGACUGCUGCGAAGUCUCCCCGAGCGCUUCGUCGGCACGCGGCUGGAUUUGGCGAAACUCGUGGACGUGGUCUGCGACGAGAUGCGGGCGAGUUUCGACGCGAACGGGAUGUCGCAACCGCCGUGGCGGCGCCCGAGCAGCAUCAUGAGCAAGUGGCUCGUGCCCGCGCAGAGCUGCGUUGGUGGAGCGCGCGACGACGCCGCGGGCGCGGGGGGAACGAAGAGCGCGCGCGCGCGGAGCGACCCGGCGACGAAGCCGCUCCUCUUCGCGACGACGACGCCGAUUUUCGAACGCGGCGACGACGACGCGGAACGGCGGCGGCGGUGGAGCGUCGACGGGAACCCGGAGCGCGUCGGCCCGGCGGGGGAGAAGCCGCGCGGACGCGGUGGCAGUCCGACGUUCGUCGGGUUCGAGGCCAUCGGCGAGCGCGUCGGCGCGGGCGCGUGAGGCGGGCGCUGCGCCAAAAAAAAACCAGAAAAAACGUUCAUCAUAGACCGCGGCACGCGAGCACCCUAGUAGCGCUGUAAACUAUGCAUCCUUAAACCCUAAAA